AGAUGGCUGUGGGCUCGAUCGAGCAUUCGCAAAAAUGGCAUGGAAAUGAAGCCGAUGUGCCACGAGCACGUCCAGAAAUUCAGCAUGGAGCUACACGAAGAAAAUUUGCCAUCCAUCGAUCUGAGCAGUGACAGAGUAGCAGCCGAGCGAGAGUCAACGCCAUGGAAGAAGGAACUUUGGUUCUGUGGAGCAUCCCGAGAAAGCACUCUGAUGUAAAAAGCAUAAGACGAUAGAGCGCAAGUCAUCGGCAUUGUGAAUGCAGCCCGGGCGAUGUGGUAUUUCUGUUCGUAGGCCGGAUCGAUCGCUGCUCGAAAAAUAUAGGCACUGUGCCUCGACGUCGGUAGAUCGACCGCCCACGAGAUCGACGAGCACUCGAGGAUUUGUGCUGGAAUCGGCGGUUGCUGCUGCUGCUGCUGGGAGGUAGCCGAGCUUCUAUCCACGAUGGAAUCUCCACCCGAGGCCGACCCGAUGGCAGAACAAACAAAGAAAUUUAAGAGAUUGGGCGAGUACGUGUACGAGCUCCAGCACGAGGAGGACCCGGAGGCCGUGAUCGUGUUCUUCCACGGCCUUUUGAUUCAGGAGACGGACACGGGCCACGCUUUCUGGAGCACGUGGACGAAGCGAAAUACUCUCGAAUGCUGGCCCGUGACGAUGCUUCCGGAAUUUUUGCAAUGGGGGGCGGAUUCCUCUCGCCCUUUCAGAAUUCGUGUGCUCGCGGUCUCGUAUGAGGGACGGAUGAGCGUGCAUCCAGACAUCGGGACGGCCGGGACCGACAAGUACCUUCUCGCCGAGAGUUUAAUCAGUGAGCUCAUUCUGAGCCCUCAGGACUUGAUUCGAGGAUCGAGGGCGGUGGAGGACAAUAAAGUCCCCGUCUUUCUGGUCGGCCACGACCUCGGAGGGAUCAUAAUUAAGAAUUUCGUCAUGGAAGUGGAGAGGACAAUUUACGACAAGAAGGAAGACGCCGAUAGAAAAAAAAUGCAGAAUUUUCUCAGCAAUCUGAAAGCUGUGUUCUUCUACGCCACACCUCACAAUGGAUCGCAAGCCAUCGAGGACUUGGCCCAGCAAAUCCCCGAAGACUCACGCAAUCAGAUGCUCACUCUGAUGAGCGUUCUCGGUACUGAUAUGGCGAGAAUCAACUCAUAUUUCAGAACUUAUCGGUCCGAGAUUUUCCACCAUCGGGUCCUUCUACGAUUCAAAACUUACGGCAUCGUUCCAACGAGUUUAACCAACCAGAGAGGUUUCGACAGGACGAUGGUCGUCCCGGAAGCAUCUGCUAGAUAUGAUAUGGACACAUUUUUCUUCGUUGAAGCUGAUCACUUUCAGGUUUGCCAGCCUGAAAGGCUGGCAAGGUUCGAUCCCAUAACGAAACUCGGUGAGAAAGUUUACAAGGAGGUGUCGAAAAUCAGACAAUUAGAAGACUUGAGGAUAUUCAAUGCACAAAGACCAGUAUUAGAACCCUACGGCCGGAGUGGAUGGUCUGGCUCUCAAAAUUUGCAAGCUUGGUUUAUGAUGGCUGUGGAGCACAGGAGGCUCAGAGAAUUAGAAGACUUGAGGAUAUUCAAUGCACAAAGACAAGUAUUAGAACCCUCCAGCUGGAGUGAAAGGUUUCUCUCUCAACCACCUGGAAUCAAAGCUUUACGUAAAGGGAAGUUCCGCCAGUGGAAAGAAAAUCUCAAGAUAAGAGAGUACGAGGACCGAGUCGAGAAAUCUCGCAAAUAUGAAAAACGCCCGAACUCUAUUGAUAUGACUGAAGCCGAGGUCGCGAAAACUGCCACGGAUGAGCAAGUCCUGCCGCAGAUACAAGUCGGUCUAGUCGAGAAAUCUCGCAAAGAUAAAAAACGCCCGAACUCUAUUGAUAUGAGUGAAGCCGAGGUCGCGAAAACUGCAACGGAUGAGCAAGUCCUGCCGCAGAUACAAGUCGGUCUUGUCGAGAAAUCUCGCAAAGAUGAAAAACGCCCGAACUCUAUUGAUAUGAGUGAAGCCGAGGUCGCGAAAACUGCAACGGAUGAGCAAGUCCUGCCGCAGAUACAAGUCGGUCUAGUGGAGAAAUCUCGCAAAGAUGAAAAACGCCCGAACUCUAUUGAUAUGACUGAAGCCGAGGUCGCGAAAACUGCAACGGAUGAGCAAGUCCUGCCGCAGAUACAAGUCGGUCUAGUCGAGAAAUCUCGCAAAGAUGAAAAACGCCCGAACUCUAUUGAUAUGACUGAAGCCGAGGUCGCGAAAACUGCAACGGAUGAGCAAGUCCUGCCGCAGAUACAAGUCGGUCUAGUCGAGAAAUCUCGCAAAGAUGAAAAACGCCCGAACUCUAUUGAUAUGAGUGAAGCCGAGGUCGCGAAAACUGCAACGGAUGAGCAAGUCCUGCCGCAGAUACAAGUCGGUCUAGUGGAGAAAUCUCGCAAAGAUGAAAAACGCCCGAACUCUAUUGAUAUGAGUGAAGCCGAGGUCGCGAAAACUGCAACGGAUGAGCAAGUCCUGCCGCAGGUACAAGUCGGUCUAGUCGAGAAAACUCGCAUAGAUGAAAAACGCCCGAACUCUAUUGAUAUGAGUGAAGCCGAGGUCGCGAAAACUGCAACGGAUGAGCAAGUCCUGCCGCAGAUACAAGUCGGUGUAGUCGAGAAAUCUCGCAAAGAUGAAAAACGCCCGAACUCUAUUGAUAUGAGUGAAGCCGAGGUCACGAAAACUGGACUGGAUGAGCAAGUCCUGCCACAGAUACAAGUCGAUCUAGUCGAGAAAUCUCGCAAAGAUGAAAAACGCCCGAACUCUAUUGAUAUGACUGAAGCCGAGGUCGCGAAAACUGCACUGGAUAAGCAAGUCCUGCCGCAGAUACAAGUCGGUCUAGUGGAGAAAUCUCGCAAAGAUGAAAAACGCCCGAACUCUAUUGAUAUGACUGAAGCCGAGGUCGCGAAAACUGCACUGGAUGAGCAAGUCCUGCCGCAGAUACAAGUCGAUCUAGUAGAGAAAUCUCGCAAAGAUGAAAAAAGCCCGAACUCUAUUGAUAUGAGUGAAGCCGAGGUCACGAAAACUGCACUGGAUGAGCAAGUCCUGCCACAGAUACAAGUCGGUCUAGUCGAGAAAUCUCGCAAAGAUGAAAAACGCCCGAACUCCAUUGAUAUGAGUGAAGCCGAGGUCGCGAAAACUGGAACUGAUGAGCAAGUCCUGCCGCAGAUACAAGUCGAUCUAGUCGAGAAAUCUCGCAAAGAUGAAAAACGCCCGAACUCUAUUGAUAUGACUGAAGCCGAGGUCGCGAAAACUGCACUGGAUGAGCAUGUCCUGCCGCAGAUACAAGUCGAUCUAGUUGAGAAAUCUCGCAAAGAUGAAAAAAGCCCGAACUCUAUUGAUAUGAGUGAAGCCGAGGUCGCGAAAACUGCAACGAAUGAGCAAGUCCUGCCGCAGAUACAAGUCGGUCUAGUCGAGAAAUCUCGCAUAGAUGAAAAACGCCCGAACUCUAUUGAUAUGAGUGAAGCCGAGGUCGCGAAAACUGCAACGGAUGAGCAAGUCCUGCCGCAGAUACAGGUCGGUCUAGUCGAGAAAUCUCGCAAAGAUGAAAAACGCCCGAACUCUAUUGAUAUGACUGAAGCCGAGGUCGCGAAAACUGCACUGGAUGGGCAAGUCCUGCCGCAGAUACAAGUCGGUCUUGUCGAGAAAUCUCGCAAAGAUGAAAAACGCCCGAACUCUAUUGAUAUGACUGAAGCCGAGGUCGCGAAAACUGCACUGGAUAAGCAAGUCCUGCCGCAGAUACAAGUCGGUCUUGUCGAGAAAUCUCGCAAAGAUGAAAAACGCCCGAACUCUAUUGAUAUGAGUGAAGCCGAGGUCGCGAAAACUGCACUGGAUGAGCAAGUCCUGCCGCAGAUACAAGUCGAUCUAGUUGAGAAAUCUCGCAAAGAUGAAAAAAGCCCGAACUCUAUUGAUAUGAGUGAAGCCGAGGUCGCGAAAACUGCAACGGAUGAGCAAGUCCUGCCGCAGAUACAAGUCGGUCUAGUCGAGAAAUCUCGCAUAGAUGAAAAACGCCCGAACUCUAUUGAUAUGAGUGAAGCCGAGGUCGCGAAAACUGCAACGGAUGAGCAAGUCCUGCCGCAGAUACAGGUCGGUCUAGUCGAGAAAUCUCGCAAAGAUGAAAAACGCCCGAACUCUAUUGAUAUGACUGAAGCCGAGGUCGCGAAAACUGCACUGGAUGGGCAAGUCCUGCCGCAGAUACAAGUCGGUCUUGUCGAGAAAUCUCGCAAAGAUGAAAAACGCCCGAACUCUAUUGAUAUGAGUGAAGCCGAGGUCGCGAAAACUGCAACGGAUGAGCAAGUCCUGCCGCAGAUACAAGUCGAUCUAGUCGAGAAAUCUCGCAAAGAUGAAAAACGCCCGAACUCUAUUGAUAUGAGUGAAGCCGAGGUCGCGAAAACUGCACUGGAUGAGCAAGUCCUGCCGCAGAUACAUGUCGGUCUAGUGGAGAAAUCUCGCAAAGAUGAAAAACGCCCGAACUCUAUUGAUAUGAGUGAAGCCGAGGUCGCGAAAACUGCAACGGAUGAGCAAGUCCUGCCGCAGAUACAAGUCGAUCUAGUCGAGAAAUCUCGCAAAGAUGAAAAACGCCCGAACUCUAUUGUUAUGAGUGAAGCCGAGGUCGCGAAAACUGCAACGGAUGAGCAAGUCCUGCCGCAGAUACAAGUCGAUCUAGUCGAGAAAUCUCGCAAAGAUGAAAAACGCCCGAACUCUAUUGAUAUGAGUGAAGCCGAGGAAGUCUGGAGUGCACAUCGUGCUGGAAGCUUCAGAGAAUCUGCUUGGGAAGAGGAGAAUGAUUCAGUUCACGUGCUGAAGUCUGCGGAGCUCUCAAGAAAAUCUACUCUCGACUCUGUGUUCUUCCAUGGUCUUCAGUUAAGACCUAUGCCUGAACCACAUAAGUUUACGUGGAUAUCUCAAUCUGAGCCAUCAGAAGUAUGGUUGAAAUGGCUUCACGAAAUUCACCCGACCAUGCGUAUAAUAGCAGUCUCCUACGAUGCCAGCAUGAAGGAGGAUAGCAAGAAUGGGAGUAUGGAUUUAUAUCAGGUGGCAGAAAACUUGUUGUCUAAGCUGAUACUGGCAGGUGUUGGUCAAAGCGGACCAAUCAUAUUCGUUGGUCAUAAUUUCGGAGGAAUAAUUGCAAAAGCAAUUUCUCGACAAGCUCACUUUCGACACAGCCUAUAUGAGAAUGACACAGAUAUAACCAAUUUUCUUGAAAACCUGAGAGGCCUCUUCUACUUCGGAGUGCCUCAUCGUGGAAGCUCAUUCACAGAUAUUGUAGAACAACUCAGCAUCGUGAAAGGACAGUUGGUUGACUACGUGAAGGUUUCCAGCAAAGAAUUGUCGAGACUCAAUGAAGAUCAUGACGCUCUUUGUAAACGCUACGAUUGGAAGGUCGCAGGCGUGGGUGAAUCGUUACCUACGAAUCUGGGAAACGGAUUCUGUGGAGUCAUAGUUGACAAGGCAUCUGCAAGAUGUAGAAACUUCAUGAUAGUCGACCAAGACCACUCUUCACUCUGCCAACCAGAGAGUAGAAAUAGCAGCUCGUAUCUGCACUUAAAAGAAUUUAUUGAUAGGAUUCAAGCCCAGGUCACGAAAACUGCAACAGAUGAGCAAGUCCUGCCGCAGAUACAAGUCGGUCUACUCGAGAAAUCUCGGAAAGAUGAAGAAUUCCAGCAACAACUGGUCAAACAUACAGCUUUGGGAUUUUGGGGGAUGGUAGGAGUUGGGAAAACCACACUCUGCAAAGCUAUUUUCAAUGAUCUAUGGAACGCCUUUCCUUACACGCUUUUCGCUGAGGGCGUCAAGCAGAUUCCUGGUGACGAGAGAGAAUUCGAGGAGACGGUGUUGUGUCUCGUGCAUCACAAAGGCAAGAAGAUUACCCCAGCACCUAACUUGGUCCAGCUGAGAGGGAAGAAGUUACUGGUGGCGUUCGAUGACGUAGAAAAGGACAGGGAAAUCGAUCUGCUCAGAAAGCUCAGCCGCACCUUGUUGGAUAGUAGCCGCUACAUCGUAACAUCACAGAAUCGACAGAUGUUAAAUAAGAUCGAUGGCAUACACAUAUUUGAAGUUGCACCUUUAGAUGGGGAGGAAUCUAAACUGCUGUUCAAGACGCUUGCGUUCCCAGACAACCAACCUUUGCUCGGGUGGUAGGAAGAGUGGAUGGAGGCUAUAGUGCAAACGUGUGGAGGUCUGCCAUUGACUUUGGAAAUUGUAGCUAAUUAUCUGAAAGGGUGUAUUUCUAUAGACGUGUGGCAACAGAUGCCCGAAUAUGUGGGGAAUGCAGAUCACGGAGAGACUGUUGGAUUGGGUAAAUUGUGGAUGCAGCUGAAAACCAGCUACGACAAUCUCGGGCCCGAGGAAAAGCAAAUGUUUUUAGAAGCUGCAACAUUUUUCCAAGAAAGGUUCGUGGAGAAUCACGGGUGGAGACAUGGCCAGAGACAGUGCACGUUAUCCGAAGCUAAGGUUAUUUGGAGUAUGAUGCAUGGGAAUGAAGCUCUACACUGGAGAACCCUCGUUGACCGGUCAAUGGUUUCUGACGUUGCAGACGAUUCAGUAAUCAGGAUCCAUGAACUGUUUAAGGGCUUGGGCCACUCGUUAGCUGAUACGGACGACUUCAAGAUUCGGGUCGACAGUGUCGAAAACCUCUUAAUGAUUUUACAAGAUGGCAAGCGGAAGAUUAAGAAUGUGCACACGCUGCAGGUGGUAUGUAAAGAUAUCUCUGGUGAGUUUUCUUCCACAAAACUUUGCUUUAAGUGCUUCAAACUACAACGUGGAUGGUCUUCACACUGUGAACAUCUCUCCCAGCGUCUUCCUUUACACAAACUUUGCAAUAUGAAAAGCCUGCGAUGUCUACAAUUGGUGGACUGUGAGAUAGAAAAAGGCAAAGUGAAAUUGCCUAGAUCCGUUGUCGUGUUCCGCAGCCAGAACAGUGGGAAGUAUAUAUCCUUCGGAGAGUCUAGCCCACUGGUGUACCUGUCAAUGAAGGCUUUCAAAAUAAAGCGCUUGCCAGAGUCUGUGUGUGGGCUGAGCAACCUUCACUUCCUAAACCUGGAAGCUGGAAACCUCCUUUCUUUGCCUGAUAACUUUGGCAGCCUAAAGAAACUGCGGCAGCUGAAGCUUGUAACCCAGAAACUGAAGAGGCUUCCAGACUUUUUCAGCUCGUUGCAGGAUCUUCUAAAAGUACAUCUGGAGUGCGACCGGUUGAAGUUCCUGCCCGAAAGUAUUGGCCACUUGAGACAGUUGCAAGAACUGAACCUUCAAUGUCAAACUCUAGUCAGCUUGCCAUCCUCUAUCGGUGAACUGCAUGCCCUUCAGGAGCUCAGCCUACGAUGCAACUCACUUGAGAUCUUGCCUGAUCGUUUUCGUGAGCUGGUUGGUCUUCAAAAGCUAGAGUUGCGAUGCGACAAACUCCAGAGUCUACCAGAGUCUUCUGCUAGACUGACGCAGUUGACGCAGUUGAUCCUUGUGUGCCGGAAGCUUCGAUGGUUGCCUCAAUCCUUCCAUGAAUUGGAAGCGCUUCAGGACCUCUAUCUUCAAUGUGACAGUCUCGAAAGUUUACCAGAAUCUCUUCGUUGUAGGCUGGAGAGAACUGAAGAGGCUUCCAGACUUUUUCAGCUCGUUGCAGGAUCUUCAAAAAGUACAUCUGGAGAGCGACCGGUUGAAGUUCCUGCCCGAAAGUAUUGGCUACUUGAGACAGUUGUCAAACUGUCAGCUUCAAUGUCAAACUCUAGUCAGCUUGCCAUUCUCUAUCGGUGAACUGCAUGCCCUUCAGGAGCUCAGCCUACGAUGCAACUCACUUGAGAUCUUGCCUGAUCGUUUUUGUGAGCUGGUUGGUCUUCAAAAGCUAGAGUUGCGAUGCGACAAACUCCAGAGUCUACCAGAGUCUUCUGCUAGACUGACGCAGUUGCCGCAGUUGAUCCUUGUGUGCCGGAAGCUUCGAUGGUUGCCUCAAUCCUUCCAUGAAUUGGAAGCGCUUCAGGACCUCUGUCUUCAAUGUGACAGUCUCGAAAGUUUACCAGAAUCUCUUCGUUGUAGGCAGGCCCUUCACACGCCAGAGUUCAGGUGACUCUGUUCUGGGUUGAGUGACACAAAUGAAAGUAAAGUUGACUAGGUGAAAGUAAUUGCAAACCCUGGAAUUUUUAGAUCAAUUGAAACACUCGAGGUCCAUUGGAGUACUCAAUGAGUACUAUCAGUAAAGCGAGCUUCGAGAGUAAAAUUUCCAUUUACAUGGAACAAUCGAGCUGAGAGGCAAAUGACCACUCUGAGGUUAUGUAAGUACUUCCGGUCAAAGUAAAAUGUUCAAAGACGAGGAUAUUCUUUGCUUAAGAAAGUGAGUAAGUCUCGUCAUGGCGC